AGAAGCAACCAGAUAUUCAAAUCCCAGGGAUGCAUGAGAGAAAAUCUAGGUUUAUUGCUUCUUCCGGGAUCCUUCCGAAUCUCUCCGUCUCUCCCCUUCUCCGAUCAAAUCCGAUCCGAUCCUUUUAGGGUGCCGAGCGCUGCCCUUUCUUCCGGCCUCUCGCCGCUCUGCCGUCGAUUCUAGGGCUCUGACGGGGUGAAGGAUGCUGUCGCUGCAGAGCGACGCUCGCCAGCAUCAACUGCCGCCGGCGUCGGUGGUGCCGACGCAGCUGCAGCAGCUCUUCGGGGCGAAUGUGUCCGGCGGGCUAGGGUUCCAAGGGGCCCCCAUCGGGAGCGCCGAUCUCGACGAUGCGUCAUUUCCUCUGCAACUGCUCGAUGGCUCCGACGAUAUCAAACCCUUGAUAGCAAAACCGCUCGAAGGCGGUGAGGACAUUCAUCUGGCGCAUGCUCAUCAGAGUUACAAAGCGGGAAACUAUAAUCAGGCAUUGGAACACUGCAAUGCUAUUUACAGGAAAAAUCCAAAGCGCACUGACAAUCUUCUUCUCCUUGGUGCAAUCUAUUAUCAGCUGCAUGUUUUUGACAUGUGCAUUGCGAAGAAUCAGGAAGCUCUUGCAAUUGAUCCACAUUUUGCAGAGUGCUAUGGAAACAUGGCAAAUGCUUGGAAGGAGAAAGGCAAUAUUGAUCUUGCAAUUCGUUGUUAUCUGAUUGCUAUUGAGCUCCGGCCCAAUUUUUCUGAUGCAUGGUCAAAUUUAGCUAGUGCAUAUACCCGAAAAGGAAGACUUAAUGAAGCAGCACAGUGUUGUCGCCAAGCUCUUCUACUUAAUCCUCGUUUGGUUGAUGCUCAUAGCAACCUUGGAAAUCUGAUGAAAGCACAGGGACUAGUUCAAGAAGCCUACAAUUGCUACAUGGAGGCUCUACGCAUACAACCUACUUUUGCAAUUGCAUGGUCCAAUCUAGCUGGCCUCUUUAUGGAGGCAGGAGAUCUUAACAGAGCUCUUGUGUACUAUAAGGAAGCAGUUAAACUAAAGCCAACAUUUGCUGAUGCCUACCUGAACCUAGGGAAUGUGUACAAGGCUUUAGGAAUGCAUCAAGAGGCUAUCAUAUGCUAUCAGCAUGCUCUACAGGCACGCCCAGACUAUGCAAUGGCUUAUGGAAACCUUGCUAGUACGUACUAUGAACAAGGUCAGCUGGAUUUGGCAAUUCUGCAUUACAGACGAGCCAUCAAUUAUGAUUCAGCUUAUGUGGAGGCAUAUAAUAAUCUGGGGAAUGCUCUAAAAGAUGCUGGCAGAGUGGAUGAGGCUAUUAGUUGCUAUCGGUCAUGCCUUGCAUUACAACCUAACCACCCACAAGCUCUUACAAAUCUUGGGAACAUACACAUGGAAUGGAGCAUGAUGGGUGCAGCUGCUUCAUAUUACAAGGCAGCUAUAUCUGUUACUACUGGAUUAUCUGCUCCUUUCAACAAUUUAGCGGUGAUUUACAAACAACAGGGAAAUUAUAUUGAAGCUAUAGCUUGCUACAAUGAAGUCCUUCGUAUAGAUCCUUUGGCAGCUGAUGGACUCGUCAAUAGGGGAAACACAUUCAAGGAGAUUGGUAGAGUUAGUGAGGCAAUUCAGGAUUAUAUUCGGGCAGUGACUAUCAGGCCAUCUAUGGCCGAAGCCCAUGCAAAUUUAGCUUCUGCUUACAAGGACACUGCACAUGUGGAAGCAGCUAUUAAGAGUUACGAACAAGCGUUGCUGCUACGUCCAGAUUUUCCUGAAGCAACUUGCAAUCUCAUACACACCUUGCAGUGUGUUUGCAAUUGGGAUGAUAGGGCUAGCAGGUUUGCAGAAGUUGAGGGAAUCAUCAGAAAGCAGAUAAAGAUGUCGGUUCUUCCAAGUGUGCAGCCAUUUCAUGCUAUAGCCUACCCAAUUGAUCCAAUCCUGGCAUUGGAAAUUAGCCGGAAGUAUGCAGCACAUUGCUCUUUAAUUGCUUCUCGUUACGGCCUCCCUGCCUUCAGACAUCCGCUUCCUAUUCCUGUGAAGGCUGAAGGUGGAAGUGGGAGACUCAGAGUGGGGUAUGUGAGCAGUGACUUUGGUAACCACCCGCUCUCGCAUCUUAUGGGCUCUGUAUUUGGAAUGCACAACAGAGAGAAUGUUGAGGUAUUCUGUUAUGCCUUGAGUCAAAAUGAUGGUAGCAAAUGGAGGCAGCGUAUCCAAUCUGAAGCAGAGCAUUUUGUCGAUGUUUCUUCCAUGUCAUCUGACAUGAUUGCCAGUAUGAUCAAUGAGGAUAAAAUACAGAUCCUAAUCAACCUUAAUGGUUAUACCAAGGGUGCAAGGAAUGAAAUUUUUGCCAUGCAACCAGCACCGAUCCAGGUCUCUUACAUGGGUUUCCCCGGGACAACUGGUGCAACUUACAUUGACUACUUGGUUACUGAUGAGUUUGUUUCUCCCACACGUUUCUCACAUAUUUACUCGGAAAAGCUUGUUCAUCUUCCUCAUUGCUAUUUUGUGAAUGACUACAAACGGCAAAAUCGUGAUGUUCUGGAUCCAGUCUGUCAGCAUAAGCGAGCAGAUUAUGGUCUACCUGAAGAUAAAUUUAUUUUUGCAUGUUUUAAUCAGCUAUACAAGAUGGACCCUGAUAUAUUUAAUACAUGGUGCAAUAUUCUCAAGCGUGUUCCAAAUAGUGCAUUGUGGCUUCUGAAAUUCCCAGCGGCUGGUGAAAUGAGACUGCGUGCAUAUGCUGCUGCACGGGGAGUGAGACCUGAUCAGAUCAUAUUCACAGAUGUUGCUAUGAAGGAUGAGCAUAUCAGACGCAGUGCUUUAGCAGAUCUUUUUCUUGACACGCCUCUGUGCAAUGGCCACACAACAGGAACAGAUGUAUUAUGGGCAGGCUUGCCCAUGAUAACACUUCCUCUGGAAAAAAUGGCGACGAGGGUUGCUGGUUCAUUGUGUCUAGCUACUGGAGUUGGGGAAGAGAUGAUUGUUAGCAGCCUGAAAGAAUAUGAAGAAAAGGCGGUAGCUUUGGCUGAAAAUCCUGGGAAGCUCCAAGCUCUUACCAAUAAACUUAAGGCAGCACGAAUGACCUGUCCUUUAUUUGACACAGCAAGAUGGGUGUGCAAUCUGGAGAGGGCAUACUUCAAAAUGUGGAAUCUGUACUGCUCCGGUAGACAUCCGCAGCCCUUCAAAGUGACAGAAAAUGAUGCCGAAUUCCCAUAUGAUAGAUAGUCUCAUAGAGGCGGCCCUGUAAAUAGUUAAAGAGUUUCAGCAUACCAUAAGAAAGUGUUGUUGUAGUUGAUUCUCCAAAUGAUGCACUGGGAUGUAUUUGUGCAUCCAUGGUGUGGAAGGAGGGCAAGGAUUGUCCUGGGUUUUGCCCCUCCCAAUGAACGAGAUACCUGAAACUGAAAGUGUUGUGGGGGGUAAGAUAAGCCACGAUUAUUUAGUCCAAUCUAUACAUCUAAAUUUAACACUUUAAAGUAUCUACAAAAAACAGGAACUAUAUUUGAAGGAUAUUAACAUCACCCAGUAUCUAAAUUUUAACAUUGAUGAUUAAGUGUAUUUUGUUACAGUUGCAAUUUA